AUGGAUCCUCCACUUAUAGUUACACAUCUGAAACGAAAUUCUUCUGAUGUAGGAUGGGAAUAUGGAGUGUUGUUUGAUCCAAAAAUUCCAGAUAAGGUGAAAUGCAAAUUGUGUGGGAAAGAAAUGUAUGGUGGGAUUUUUAGAAUUAAGGAACACAUUGCGCACCAAAAAGGGAACGUUUCUUCUUGUCUAUUUUCAACAAAAGAGAAUCAAGAUAGGUGUAAGAAUGCACUUAAGGAGGCAAAGAACAAGAAAACGAUGAAGAGAAAACAUGAAGAAGCUAUUAGAUCAGAGAUUAAUAUAGAGGAUGCUUCUAAAGAUUCUCAUACUGGAGAAUAUAUCUUCAAGUACAUAGAUAACUGCAUUGAAGAUAUUGGGGCUGGAAAAGUUGUACAAGUAGUGACUGAUAAUGCUACAAACAACGUAGCAGCUGCAAAGCUACUUAAAAAGAAGAGACCGAAUAUUUUCUGGACAGGUUGUGCUGCUCACACCCUCGACUUAAUGCUUGAGGGAGUUUCCAAGUUACCUUGGUUUGCUAAAGUGAUCAAUCAAGCUAAGUCUCUCACCAUCUUUAUAUAUGCUCAUCAUAAAACACUAUUCAUGAUGAGAAAAUAUAAAAAUAAUAAGGAUAUUGUGAGACCAGGAGCCACACGAUUUGCAACUUGUUUCUUAACACUACAAAGUUUAUACGAUAAGAAAGCACAACUGAAGUCCAUGUUUGGCAGUGAUGAGUGGCAUGAAUGCAAACAUUCUAAGUGUGUGAAGGGAAAAACUGCUUCAGAUACUGUUAUGAGCUAUGCAUUUUGGAAUAAUGCUUUGGUGGUUUUAAAAGUGUUUACUCCUCUGGUAAAAGUCCUAAGGCUUGCGGAUGGGGAAAAAAAAACCUUCUCUGGGUUUUAUUUAUGGAGAGAUAUUAGAAGCUAA